AUGCAAGCUGUCGCAGUCACCAUUAUUCUCAUUUGCGGCCUAGCCGCAAACUCACACGCUUCUCGUCAGGAGUAUGAGAUGGCGAUCCGAUCAACCGAUCGGCUGCUGAAAGACUUCGAAAUGGAAAUGGCGAUCGAGGAAUUCCUGAGACCAAUGUCGAGACCACGCAGAGUUCCAUCCGCUACUCGGAAGUGCGGAGCAGUACUGAUGCACUACGUCAAGGCAGUCUGCGGAGGAGCGUGUAAUGCAGGUAAGAGAUCCCAAACCCCAAACCAUUCCGAUCCUCAUUAUUUCUUUUUCAGUGACGGGAGUCGACGUUGGAACUCGUUGUUGCUCGGAUUCGUGCGAUGAAGCGUUUUUAAGAAAGAGUUGCUGCCCAUAG